UACGUGUGAUGUUAAGUGACGCUGGAUUGCGAAACGCAAGAGAACCAGUAUCCAAUCUUGCAUUAAGGCCCAUUUCCAUAAAAUCAGUAAUUGUCGUGCAACAUUUGUUUUGUAGAAAUAAAUCUCAACGAUAUUGUUGGGCGACAUCUCUUGCGUUGCUUUAUUGUACAACAAUAAAGUCUUUACGGCGACUGUCGUACAACCGUUACUCAAUUAUUUUAUGUUAAUGAAGAAUAACUUAAGAUUUUAGGAUACUAAGCACAUUGCAGUUUCUUCAACCGGCCUUAAUUCUCCAGGCAUUUUCCAUUGCAUUUUCUCGUUUCAAAGCAACGCAUCAAAAUAUUACAAAAGAUGUUAACAAAGAUAAAUUAUCACUUUCACUUUUAGAUUUUUGAGUAAAAAUUUAAGAAACAUGGAAUCACGAAGCUGGCUGGUUCCUACAUCUACGUUGUGCUUGUAUGGCUUCUUCAAAGAUAUGAAACCAUCGGAAUCCUUCCUAACACCUUUCUUGAACAGUUCAUACAAACACCUCGAUGAGAAAGACAUUUCAGAUAAAAUCUACCCGUACUCGACAUAUGCUUACUUAGUGUUUUUGGUACUCAUGUUUCUGUUGACAGAUUUUCUACGUUAUAAACCGCUCAUUGUCAUUGAGUCACUCGCGUAUCUUUGCACAAGGAUUUUAUUGAUAUGGGGAAACGGAAUUCCCAUGAUGCAACUGAUGCAGGUCACAUACGGUUUGGCAAGUGCUGCAGAAAUCGCGUAUUAUUCUUACAUAUACGCAGUUGUGGUUGAGAGUCGCUAUAGACAAGUGAGCAGUUACACGCGCGUCGCUACGUUGUUGGGGAAAGGACUUUCUGAUGUAAUAGGACAGAUUUUGAUUUCGACUGGCACGACAAACUACUUAGUCUUAAAUUACAUUUCGUUCGGUAGUGUAUCCGUCGCUGUGAUAGUCUCAUUUUUCCUGCCUAAAGUUGGCGGUAACGUAUUUUCACUUAGUGAAAACACGUACCAAGUUUUUGAAAACGAAAGCAGUAGUAGCGCUAAUGUUACUGAAAAUGACCUGGUCGCUAACCGUGAUCAGCUGGAUGGCUUAGACUCUUCUAUUCCUAAAUCAUCCUGUUCUGUUUUGUGGAAGUUAACGUUGAAACGAAUGUUUACUGCGUUCAAGACGUCGUAUAGUAACAAGUAUUUGCUUAUGUGGUCAUUAUGGUGGGCGUUUGCUAUGUGCGGUGGUCUGCAAGUCGAGGACUACGUGAUGAACUUGUGGUCACACAUCACCGGUAGUCACUCUAAAAAAGUUUACAACGGAGGAGUGUUUGCGUGUGGAACUCUCUUUAGCGCGUUGCUUGUUUUUCUGUUUUCUUUGAUUAAAGUGCAAUGGAAUGGCGUCGUUUCUGAAGUUCUGAUUGGUUUAAUUUCGCUGCUAGACACAGGUCUGCUUUUGAUAAUGGCGUAUACAGAGAACGUGUGGAUAGCGUAUGUGAACUACGUCAUCUUCAGAGCAUCUUAUGCGUUCGUAUUGACAGUGGCUAGUUAUCAAAUUGCUCUUUACGUGGAACUUAAAGGUUAUGCUCUUAUUUUUGGUUGGAAUACGUUUAUUGCUCUCGCUAUGCAAAGCCUUCUAACGUUUAUUGUCACUGAUAAAAAUGGUCUUGAUCUGGACAUAAGAAAACAGUUUGUAGUGUAUGGUUGGUACUUUGGUGUAAUUGGAACUACUUUCAUUGCCCGACCGUUUAUCGUUUUCUUAAAGAGAUUUUGUUGUUGUGGAAACGCUAACCAAACGAGAAACAACGACGAGUCGACACCUAGUAGUCCAAUUUGAUGUCGUGUGGAAAAAUUGAGGAGCGUAAAUGCCAUGCAAAACUGUUUUUUAGGUACUUCUUAGUAUUUUUUAAUGUCGAUGACUUUAUUUGCAUCUUAAAUUGUGAGUCUGUCAAAGAGAUGUAUGGUGGGACACCAAUAAUUCGUGUUCAAUUUAAAAAUGGUAACUAAUGAUAAGUUGUACAUAAAUAAAAUUUCCUGUCAAGCA